AGGACCAGUGAUGCGUGGAGGCCCGGGGCGAGCUCGCGGGCGUCGGCGACGGCGCGCUCGCGGAUGGAGUGGCUCUCCGGGCGGUCGCGCGAGUCCAGGUGGGGGGAGGGCUUCAGCAAUCCCCGACAUACGCCUGGCGUAGCCCCGCCCGGGUCAGACUGCUGCCGCGCCCCGCAGUUGUUGCAGGGGAGGCGGUGAGGGUGGCGCAGCGGGCUCCGCCGAGGCCGGAGCGGCGCAGGGCGCCCCAGAGGCAGUGGUCGGUGCCCUUCUGGUCCGUGGUGACGGGCAGCGUGCUCACGGCUGUGGUCUUCGCCGUGGCCGGCACCUUCGUGCCCAUGACUAUUUCUCCACUCGCUUGCGAGACGACACUGCAGACUCCUGUUCCAUUGCGGUUGCUAGGGGCAACGGGCUCCUGGCAGACCUGGUCUACAACGAUCUGACCAGCACAUCCUACGUGAGCCUCCUGCACGCCAUCGAGCUCAACAUCAUGGGCUUUGUCAUGGAGCCAGCCUACUCUGCCGUGGGCUCGCUUGGAGGUUCGGUCGCCAUUCAGAACAUGUUCGAGAACGGCUGGACUGGGAACAGGGACUUCGACGAGCGAGUGCAGCUGAGCCGCUUUGCGUGGGCCAGCCUGGAGCCCCAGUGGCUCGACACUUUGGGCACCCGCAAUGCUGAAUUCGACAGCCAGGUGAACAAUUGGCGCAGGGCUCGCACGACCAACCUGAAGAUCGGAUUCGCGUCAGGGCAGUGGAUCGGCAUGACUUUUGAGAGCGACAGAUCUGAUUAUUGCAGUGACAAGAGCUGCACCGCACAAUGCUGGCGAUACCACAUGGAGUCCAACGGGUCUACGGUCGAGACUGUCAAGGUGACAUUGGGCAGCACGGCGCCGUUUGACUGCCGUGAACAGUGUCAGUCCCACACGGGCUGCAAUUAUUGGACUCUGAUCACGUUGACCGGAGACUGCAUCCUGAAGAGCGAUGUAGGAGAGCUCAAAUACCGGAAUGACGCCAUCUCUGGAAUCCCCAAUUGCGUCCCGGAUCUCUCAGAAACUGUAAAUUCUUUCGGGCACGUGGCAGACGGAACUCACAUGUCUUUCUGGCCAAUUUACGACUUCAAGACGGGAGCCCCCGGACCGAUGACGACCAUAACCACCCCGGAGGCGAACACGACGAAGGAACCUUGGUACUUGCCGCAGGCACAGCUCGCAAAGCAGGGGCGGCCUCUGACGGGUGCGUGGUCGAACAUUCACGUUCAUAAUGACAACGUCGCGAUCGCCUGGACUAUCCCCGUCGCGUACUGCGGGGACUACUCGUGCCUGGACGGCGUCAUCGCCACCACCAUCGGCCUGGCCGGUGUGAGCUACGACGCGUUCGGCCUCUGGCUGGCUUUCCGGGAUCGGCUGUCGCGGCCCCCCUACGAGUUCCCCAUCGGGUCCGACAACUCCAGCAUGUUCAUCGUCUCCCGGAAGGCCCGCUCGCCCGGCCAGGAGGGCCUGCUCGUCGGGUGCUCGGACGGGUGUCCUGGCGUCCCAGGCGCCGACGACAUCCGCGACAUGCUCCAUAUCGACGGGCAGCUCCCCUACGCCGCCAACUUCUCGAACCCCGCGGUCACCGCGACGUCCCGGGCGAUCCUGCAGCGCUUCGGCACGUGGAGCAACAGGAGCCUGGAUGAGCACCAGAUGUUCACGUUCUGGCCCAAGGGCGUGGACCACAUCUUCGAGCCGGGGGAGGGCUGCCUCGCAGAGCUCGACCAGGCCGGGUUGGGCGGCGAGUGCUGGCAGGCCAGCACCAUCUCGGUGCGGCUCGACGAGGCCACCGCGUGGCUGGUGGUGCUGGUGCUGCCCGCAGCCUCCUUCGCGCAGAAGUCAUCCGAGGUGGCGAGGAAUGCGACGCUCCAGGUGCAGUGGAUCGACAGACACUCCGCCGAGAAGGUCACCAGCGCCCGCCGCAAGUCCCUGUGCGUUGCCCUCGCGGUGCUGCUGCUCAGCGCUUGCCUGGGCACCUGCCUCGGCCUCCGCGUCUCGAGCCGCCUGGAGGAGCUGACCGACCUCACGCAGCGCCUCAGCAACCUCGACUUCACGCAGCCGAGCAAGCUGAAAGUGUGCCUCAUCAGCGACGUGAUCAACUUGCAGCAGGCGUUCUGCAGCCUCACGCGUGGCAUACAGGCCUUUGCUCGGUUCGUGCCGGAGCCUGUGGUGCUCAGCCUGGUGCACGGGCAGAACAUCCAAAUGGAGGAGCGCGAGGUUACGAUCCUCAGCUCUGACAUCGAGGACUUCACCAAGAUAUCCAAAGCGUUGGGCCACUUGGAGCUGCUCUUCAUGCUCACGCGCUACCUCUCCGUGAUGCAGCGUGUCGUGCAGAUGUACAAAGGUGUGGUCGCAGAGAUUCUGGGAGAUGGGCUGCUAAUCUAUUGGAACGCGCCCGAUGACGUGGAGAAGCCGGCCGAGCUGGCGUGCGCCGCGGCAGUGUUGAUGCAGGAGAAGGUCAUGGACCUCCUGAACGACGAAUUUUCUUCCAUAGACUUGCCACGCAUUCGGAUCCGGAUAGGCAUCCACACAGCGCUGGUAUCGAGCGGGACCGUGGGCAGCGAGAUGAAGAAGAAAUUCGGCGUCUUGGGGCCUGGAGUGGAUAUCGCAAAUCACUUAGAGUCGUCGUGCAAGGUGUACCAGAAGCAGACCCUCGUGUCGGAGCGCACGAUGAACGCGCUGUCGCCCGACAGCGGCUUCAGCUUCAUGGAGGUCGGCUCGGAGCGGAUCGAAGGUGAAGACGAACCAAUGAAGAUAUACGAGUUGAUCUCACGCGACUGGAGCCCCAGGGGGGACCUGGCCGAGGAGAGCGGGAUGCCCAGCGCGCUGGAAGGCUUGGAGAAGGCCGCGGUGACCCCGGUAGCCAUGGAGGCCACCCAGACAGCCAGCCGUUUAUUCGGCCCCCCAGACCAACACCAGAGCCCAGGUAGCGUCGCGGGCAUGGUCGCAGUGAGAAGCAGGAGGAGCAGGCGCGCUCACUGGCAGGGCGACGAGGACGCGGCACAGGCCGUGGCGGAGUCGGGGGAGUCGCUGCAGCGGAACUCGGCCCUCUUUUCGAACGAGGGCAUGUUGGAGCUCCUCCAGUCGACGAGCAGCGUGGCGAGUUUGUCGGGCACAAUGUCGAUGGCCAGUCAGGUUUAUGUGUGAGUAUGCCUCGGCGAUCAGCGUGACCAGCCUGGCCAUUGGUGACUGAAGGGAGGUUGUGGCCACUGGCAGCUGCGACGACAAAGUUGCAGCCCGUGUAUGCGGACAAUCUCAAGGUGGAUACGCGAAAGGACUGUGCAUUUGACACCGCAGGUGUGAUCCGGCUCACUGGCGAGCGAGGUCCUACAAACGACCUCGAACGAUCGCAGGAGGGGCGUUCCAGUGUAAGCAUAAUGCUACUCCUCCGCCGACAGGUUUACACGAGAAUUUGACUACCGUGGGGGGUGGGCCACAUGUGUCGACCUGACCUGCAAUGCUGACGCUCCGUGUGUUAUCCCAGGGCUUCAUGUCGUGUUGGGCGAGGGGCCAAUGUGCCCACUGCGCCUCGCGUCUGGCCACUGGGUCGUUCCCAUAAUUUUUGUUGCUGGCUUCGGAGUCCAGGCCCAUGUGCGCGAUGCAGGGCGUACAGGCGUACAGGCUACAUGAUAAUUCGUGGUGGGAGCUAUCCUCCUCAUCAUCCGCCUCCUUUUCUUCCCCGCGUGAAUCUACCAUGACAAGAAGCACAGCGGCCUUACCCCCCCCGAAGGGCCUCCGCAAAAAGGUUUGCCUGGCAAAGAACCCGACCAUGUGCAGCUGCGAGUGCCG